UGUGCAGCUCGCGAUUUAGUUUCCUUUUUACCUUUGACCAUAGGCAUAGAAAAGGUCUUUUUUUUUUCUCUCAUAUUUUAACGAACGAUUAGAAAAUGUAUCUUCGUUUCCUUAGAUCGGAUCAUUUUGUCAUUACUGCGCUUUAAUCGUCAACACGAAGUGCCUCUUACAAGAUACGCAAGUUGUGGACUUUUGGCCCCUCGGCGUCAGCUGUGAAAAACUGUUGAAAAUUGCAUCUUGUUGUCCUCAGUCUCUCGGGACCCAGGACUGCAGAAAUCCUCCAGAAGUAGAGAAAGAGAGAGCGCAUCAGGAAAAAUAAACACCUAUCAUAGUAUAAAAGUGUGCCGUGCACGUAUACACACCUGCAAAACACAUUUGUACACUCGCGCUCGCUGCAUAUGGUGGGAGGCAAAAGCGCAAGAGAGGCGGGAGAGAGAGAGAGGGAGCUGUGUAUACUUAUUUCGCGCACGACGGCAUGCUCUCCGCUGCCUGCUGCAUGCAGGCUCUGCUUCUGAUGGGGCUGCUGCAGUAUAAAGUACAAUGCUCUGCUGAUGUGAUCUGAUGCAAAGAGUCUCUCGUAAAAGUAUGGAGCACGCAGUUGGUACCUAGUUGGGAGCCAAUCUUCGUGUGUGUUACGAGUUCUCUUUGUACAUAGUAUUAUCGUUAUCGUCAGUGUCACCCUCUGCUAGAAGGGGAUAAUUGUAACAUGUACCCUGUAUAGUGUAGUAAGUGGUGCAACAACUCGCCUCUAAACGCUGUUUAGUUUAGGGCGCCAGCCAGGAGAGGCUACCAGCGUGCUCUUCCUCGAUCGCGCGCUUCGCUCUUUAAAUAUACCUAUCUACAACAAUUAAAGCUUUAGGACUGCGUGAAGAAGGCGCCGCUUGUCUUUGACGCCGUGAGUUGCGAUUUUCUUUUGGACCUGUAGUUGUCCAUUGAAUUGCUUGCCACAAUCGUCAUUGUGAAAGUCGCGUGGUACCUAUCGUCUUUAAGUUGUACAGUGCCUACGCAGUCGCCGUGGAUGGCCUCUUUGGCAUUGUCAUCGUCGUCGUGUCGCCUCAGCUGCUUUGCCUGAGCCAGUCUGAGCGCGUAGUUUUCCUAUCCCGGAUCUUGAAGUUCAGUAUCUAAUAGCUAUUUGAGAAAGAAAAGGACUGGCAUCAGUAAGUAAUUGAUUAGUGAGCGGUAACGAAGAGUAGCGACGCACCGUUUGCCGUCGACUCCCUGCUGGGAGUCCAACGUACAAGAAACAUGCCGCUCCUACGGAAAAAGCCUUUUCAACGCCUCCACGUCUCCUCGGACUUCAGAGACGAUGACGAGGUCUUCCUCUGCUCCGUCACCAACGAGAUUUUCAAGGACUACAAUGAAUUUUUUGAAAGGAUCAUCUUGUGCAACUCGAUGAUAUGGUCAUGCAGUAUAACUGGCAAGUCUGGCAUGACUUACGAAGAAGCCUUACAAUGCGAAAAGAAAGCCAAGGAGAGCCUCAAGGAAUUCCCAAUGGAGCUGCGCAUACCGAUUCUGUAUUUAGCCAACAAAACAUCCAGGACUUCGUUCAGCGAAAUGAUCGAAGAUGUUUUCCACUAUGCCAGAGAAAGAUACUUUAUUGGUGAAAUGGUUGAAGCAAGUUUUACUGAAGAUUCUUGGUGUGAAUGUCACGUUUUGCAGGUGAUUCAGCCUACUGAACAACAAAUUGCUGCUUACAAUAAUUCAGAUGACAGCAAAAGUUCGCAAGAGAGACAGUAUUCUCCACCAGCAAAAUUAUUCCGCUAUGAAGUUGAGCAACUCGACUGUGGUGACACUGAUGUCAGUCAACUCAUGAUAGUAGAAGCUUCUCAAAUAAGAAGGAAAAAGCAACAAUAUAGCAGGGAAAGAAACAAGAUUUUUCUUAGAAUGCUCUGUGAACAAAGUGCUUCUGGAGUGUGGGUUGUCAAAGACGGCGUGUUGCAAAAAUAUGGAAUUAGCAAAACGCGAUUUGAUUCCAUAUUUGCAGGGCCAUUACCUGAUUUUACUCCACGACCCAAAAAAGUAGUGAAACAAAAGCAAGGGUCUUUAGACAAAUUCCUGAUAUCAGAUGUAACAAAGCACAGAGCUUUCAAUAAACCAGAUCCACUAAGAAAAGUUAGUUCAAGUGGAAUGGUAACCAAGAAAUACAGAAAGUCUAAAUUAAAUGGUAAAGGUGUAGAAGAUUUAAAAGCAAAAGCUCUCGAACAAAAGGAAAAACGAAAGGAAGAGCGUUUAGAAAAGAAAGAACGCAAAAAAGAAGAAAAAUUGAAACAAGCUGCUCUGGUAGCUUGGGUCAAGAAAUGGAAUAAACCAAGAGAAGAUUUAGAAUGUGAAGAUCUAAAGCCUCUUCCAGAAGCAGUACCUAUGAAAUGUCCUUUAUUAGAAGCGCAGUUUGGAAAAUUUACUAUGAUCUUGGAGUUUUUAAGCUUUUUUUAUGACGAAAUCGAGGUUAAAACUUAUUUUCCAAACGGUUUUACUCUUGAAGUUUUAGAAAAAGCAAUGACUGACAAAGAAAUGACAGGCCCAUUCAAUGAUCUUAUUCAACUACUGUUGGCCAACAUUUUCAAAUACCAAGCUGAGGAAGAGGAUGAAAUUCAUGCAGAAUCUACAGAGGCUAUGAAUGAUAGUAUUGUCGAUCAAAGAGUAUCGUCUAUGGCAGAAGCUGUUAAAUUAGCUACGAUUGCGUCGACUUGGAGUCAGACGCAUCAAGGAUACCAACUGUCAGAACUUGCACUAGAUUAUUAUUCCAUGAGUGAAAUUUUAAGACAACAUCUUUUGAGCUCAGGAGGUCGUAUUAGCGAAGCCGCGUCUAAAUGGAGAUAUUCUCAAAGAGGUGGUUACACAAAUCAAGAUGACCCAGCUCUUUUGUUUAGAAUAGAAAAACCAAGAAUUUUACGAGCUCUUAGCCACCGUCACAUUUGCGAGUUUAAUAUUGAAGAUAGAUUAACGGUAGUCAUUUGUUUGAUGAACCAACUACUAACGUUUGCUUCGAUACGUGACGUCAUCGAUGAAAGGUACGACAAAAUGUUCCAAGCAAAAAAAGAGCUAAAGUCACUCAUUAUUGCGGAACAGAAAAAAGAAAAAGAAGAGCGUGAAAAAUUAAAAGAAAGAGAAAAAGAAAACGAAGGUAAAAUUGAGACAGAAGAAAUCGAACCAAAAAAGUUGACUCGCAAUAAUUGUAAGGAAGAAAAGAAAAGAGAAGAGUUUGAAGCAAAAGUAAAGGAAUUGACACAAGCGUCAAGAGAUGACCAGAUAAUGGUUCUGUUAGGAUAUGACAGGGCGUACAGAAAAUACUGGCGCAUUUUAUCCAUUCCAGGACUUUUUGUAGAAAAUACCGAUCCUUGGUAUGGCUCAUGCUUGCCAGAAGGUACUCCAUACAUGCCAGAGCUUCAGGACACAGACACUCUGUAUUCUUAUUUAAAAAGUAAAUAUGAAGACGAAUGUAGUGACAAAGAAAAUAGCAUACAACAGUGCAAAUCUCCUAAGAAAAUCCUCAUUUCUGACAAGAACGGAAUAAAGUCGCCAAGGAAGGAAGUUAAAAAAGAUAUGCGUAAAAGUAUAAUGGCGUGCACGGGAAGUAAAGACUGCCCUGUCCAUGUAAACCGACCAGGUCCAACUUGGAGCUUCUUUGGUAAUUCAAACGACAUUGAGAAAUUGAUUGGUUCGCUGAGUGAAAGGGGCAUUCGAGAAUCUGAGCUGAGACACAAUCUCAUUAAUGAAAAGGAGAGCUUAGAACUGGCUAUCAAUAGUUGUCCGAAGCAUAAGUUUAAUUCUCAAGUGUUUACUGAGACAGCAAAAGACACAUCAAAAUCGUCCAGGAAAAGUAAAACCGAAAACACUCACAAUAAUAAUUAUCCACCCGAUAUGCCUGUAGAUGACAUUUUGGAACUAACUUUGCGAGAUUAUGUGUUGGAUUUAGAAGAUAAAAUAAAAAUAGGCUGCUUAGGAUCUUUGAAAAUUAAAAACAGAGACUUAUGGCGAAACGCCAUCAAUAAUCGUAAAUAUGAUAAGCAGUGUGACAAACUUGUCUAUGGUUUAAACGACACUCCUGUAGAUUCUAUUACAAAUAGCGCCUUAGAUAAAAUUAAAACUGAGUCUAGAAAUAGCAGGCCUGGAACACCUGACUCUGAUGCGGGUAGUUCUGCUACUAAAGUUUACCGGGACCCAGGAAAAUACCUGGGUCCUCCAGACAAAGGUGAACCAAUUCCGGAUACCUCGCAACAAAAUGCAAUUAGACAAAUGGCGUGUGCUAUCUUGCAAGUAACUCAUGCUAUUGAACCCAAGUACCUGAAAAAACCUCUAGGCAACAAUGAUAAGGAUAAAAAGUGGUCUGCAGAAGAAGCUAGAGACAGGUGGGAGCAGUCACUUCUGUCUUCUACUAGCUGGUCCCAACUUUUUGUCCACUUGAACACUCUAGAUAAUUGCAUUGCCUGGAGUAGAAGUGCAACAAACGCACAAUGCCGAAUUUGCCGGAAGCGCCGAGAUGCCGAAAAUAUGUUACUCUGUGAUGGAUGCAACAAGGGCCAUCAUUUAUAUUGUCUGAAACCAAAAUUAAUAUCUGUUCCUGAAGGGGAUUGGUUCUGUCAAGCAUGCAAACCACGAGAAAGCAAACCUAAAGAAAAAACGAGAAAAAGGCGGAAAUUUGAGGAUGAAGUGGAAGAGGAUGCACCUUUAGCAAAAGAGACGAGGCAUACUCGAGCAAGAAAAAUUGUAGACAGUGACGAAGAUGUACAGUCAGAAAAAAAUGUAAAUGCCGAUGAUGAAAGCGAUGAUGAAAUGUCACGGUCCAUACGACUUUGUUCGCAAUGUAAUAGUGACGGUAAGCUUAUUACUUGUGAUGCGUGUUCUAAAUGUUUCCACAUCGACUGUCAUGAACCACCUUUAUCAAGACUUCCACGAGGUCGUUGGACUUGUAAUUACUGCAAAACAAAGAAGAAUAGUUCGAGAAUAGUUACGCAAGGCCGUGAAAAGGAUAGGGAGACAAAAAGAUCCUCCGCAGCAGCGGCACGCUCUCGCAUCUACGGCUUCGCCAAGAGCCUUCUUUCUAAAGAAUCUAAAGACUGGGAUGAUAGCAGUGCCUCCGAAGAGAUUGAACCUUCAAGGACGACGAGGGGAUCAGCAAAAAGGGCUGCUGAAACUGAACAUGGAGAAGAAGAAAAACUCACAAUAAAGAACUGCAAAAAAAUAUUGCUAGAACUUUUGAAAGAGGUCAGAAAGCAUCGAGAUUCUUGGCCUUUCUUAUCACCUGUCACAGAAAACGAAGUUCCCGAUUAUUAUGAUUACAUUUCCGAGCCUAUGGAUUUUGGUACUAUUCAGAAAAAACUUGAAAACGACGAUUAUACAACAUUGCAAGCCUUUUACAGCGAUGUCAUAUUAGUUUUUGACAAUUGUCAUAUUUAUAACACGGAUCACAGUGCUGUUUACAAUUAUGUUUACAGGGCUGGUGUGAGAUUACUGAAGUUUUUUGAAAAACGGUGUAAAGAACUACAGCUUGAUUAUGAUGAAGAUAUAGUCCGUCGAAUGAGAAAAAUUCAACGCAAUGGCGAUCAGAAUGGUGUUGAACACAGUGAUGAUAAUUCGGAUGACAGCUAAAAAAUAAGUUUAUAGUUGUGUAUUGUGCAUGUAAUAUUUUAUACGACUUGCCUCCUUCAAUAUUCUUAUUUAAUUAAAUUUUUGCUUAAAGUCAGUAUUGAUUUUAGCGCAUCAAAUUUUGUUGGCAAAGUUGGUCAUAUUCACCUGCAAGACAAGCUAAUAUCACGAUAAAGUUAAUCUUGCUAUUGAAUUUUUUAUUUUAGUUCAAACAAAUUAUCUAAGCUCAUUAAAUGUUUAAGUGAAAGGGCUUGACUGAUAGAGAUUAUAAUUAUUGAUAACUAACUGAGCCGUUGAGAAAUUUCAUGAUAGUUUUGCUAAAGAAUUUUAAGGCUCGAUUGAGUUCAGUAUUAUUCUUUGAAAACUCAAACUCUCAUUGAGCAAGCCUUACAGUAACAUGAACAAUGGUGGGUGAUUUGAUUCACGACAAUCCAGUUCAUCAUCUCUUCUAUACUUAAUGUUUUAGUAAGAUUGUUACGUAAACCAUCUGAUUUUAAAUUAUUUAUUUCUUCAACCAUAUAUGUUUACACUUUAAAAUAGAAUAAAGGCAUUACUUAUAAUUGUCGAAUUAAAGACAUUUUUAAUAUUGCCGUUAUGUAUACAUUAAAUUUAAAGCAACAAAAAUGAAACUUGAAAUUUUACCGCAAAAGUGUUAUUUUAUAAAUUCAGCCUUAUUCAAAUUAAACUUUACAUUAGAAAUCUUUGAAGUUUUACUUAUACAAAAAAAGUACUUAGUUUUGUCAUGAUGAUGUUGUCAUUAUUAACUCAAUUAUUUCCAACUAUGUUGAAAUAAAACUUGGGCUGGACCUACCCAAAUUUUAAAAGUAUAAAAUUUGGACACUAAGAAUUACCUUGUACAGCACUAUUGAAAAUCACUUUUAAUGAAUGUAAGUUUUAUACAA